AUGGUUGGUGAGGAUAUUGAGUUCUUGUGUAGGACCAGCGGAACCAAUGCUCCAAGGUAUCCAUUCUGGAGGAACCCUAAUGGCAAGGUCAUCUCAUCGAAUCCCUCGAUUCGGGAUCACCGUGUUUACACCCAGCGUCUUUCAGACUACGAGACCAAAUUGAUCAUCCAUAACUUCACCAACGAUGACAUGGGCAUCUACCGCUGCAACGGAGGCCCUCUUACAACCACCUUCACCAUCGUCCUGGCAGAACGAUCAUGUGAUCCACCCUGUAUUAAUGGAGGAAUAUGUAACAAUGGAGUCUGUGACUGUGCUGAUGGAUUCAUUGGUGGACACUGUGAACUCACAGGAUGCUUCCCAAUGUGCAUCAAUGGAGGAGUCUGUCGGGAGGGGCUGUGUCUUUGCCCGGCGGGUUACGUUGGAGACCACUGCCAAGUCCUACUACCAGUCAGCAUUAACAUCGUCCCCAGUCAGGAUUCGGAUCCACGCCUAGGGGGUACAAUCAGUUACCUCUGCUCUGUGAAUGAUACCAACUUGGUAGAACCACCGGUCUGGAGGGACCUUGCAGGGGUGGACAUCUCAUACGACCUUGGCCGUAUCCGUGUAGAGAAUCCAUCCCUAGGUGAAACACGCCUGAUCAUUUACAACCUCCAGGAAACAGACACAGGCACCUACACUUGUGCAGCCGGCCCUAUAGAGGGCAGUGUCUAUGUUGCCGUUCAACCCUUAUCAGAGUGUCUUCCGGAAUGCAUCAAUGGAGGCCAGUGCGCAGGAGGAUACUGCAUCUGUCAGCAAGGAUACCAGGGAGCAUUCUGUGAAAUAGAAGAUACGUGCGAGCCAGGCUGCCUGAACGGAGGGACGUGCGACCGAGGACUGUGUAUAUGUCCUGCUGGAAUCGGCGGUGUGUUCUGUCAGCUCAGACUAGAACGUCAAUGUCGUGUUCCCUGUCAGAACAAUGCUCGUUGUAUGAAUGGAAUUUGUUUGUGUCAGCCAGGGUUUGAUGGUCUAGCCUGUCAGUUCAGAAAGCGUGAUUGUCCAGAGCUGUGCCAGCAUGGAGGGACAUGUAUCAAUGGAACAUGCUACUGUUUAGCUGGAUAUCUGGGAGAAUUCUGUGAGAUUAGACCUGUUGAAUGCAUCCCUAGCUGUAUCAAUGGAGGGUUCUGUAACAGUGGAGUGUGUAUCUGCCCAGAUGGUUACACAGGGCCGUCUUGUGAAGUAGCAGUUGGAUCCCAGCCCCAGAUCGUGGUCACCCCGUUCCAAGCCCAGGUCCUAGCCUUAGGAGAGGACACAACCAUAUCAUGUAAUGUGAGAAGCAGAGAUGUGGAUGAAUCACCUCGGUGGUUCACCCCCAACGGCACUCUCAUUAAUACUCUUGAAAAUGGGGGUACUGCUCACAAGCAUGUCAGAGUGAUUGACGAUCAGAACAUCGAGCUGGUGAUCAACGACUUCCAAGUACAGGACGUUGGAAAUUAUUCUUGUACAGCUGGGCCGCUGUCUAGAACCAUUGCCUUGAUGAUACUCCCUAUAUUGUGUAACUUCCCCUGCCUCAAUGGUGGACACUGCCAGAAUGGAGUGUGCGUGUGUGCCGAAGAUUUCUAUGGUGAAUUCUGUCAACUAUCAAAUUUCACUGAUACAUACAUACCUUGUGAACCUGCAUGUGAGAAUGGAGCCACGUGUGUCCAAGGACUGUGUCUCUGUCCUCUGGGAUACAGAGGAGAUACGUGUUCAGAAGAGAUGACCUGUGACCCCAUGUGUGAGAACAACGCUGUCUGUGUACUUGGGUAUUGCCGCUGUCCAGUUGGCUUUACUGGUAAUACCUGCAAUGAAGAUAUCAACGAGUGUGAAAUCAACCCUACUAUCUGCAAACAUGAGUGCUUCAACACCAUAGGAAGUUUCUACUGUUCUUGUGCUCCUGGUUAUCGGCUCAGGCCAGACAGGAAAUGUGUUGACAUUGAUGAAUGUGAAGGUGAACACGACUGUGAGCAGCGUUGUCUGAACACCAUAGGGUCGUACCUGUGUGCAUGUUUUGAGGGGUUCAUCUUAGAGGCUGAUGGCAACACUUGUGUUGGACCCUCAGGUUGUGUGUAUGAGAACCAUCUGUAUCCAUCGGGCACCACAUGGACGGUGGAUGGGUGCACAGAGUGCUCCUGUGAUCUGGGUGUCACCACCUGCACCGACUGCCCAACACCUAAAUUCCAGCAGUGCACGUAUCAGGGGAUCGAGUAUGUCCAUUCUACCAACUGGACAUCGCCAUUUGACCCCUGUGACCACUGCAACUGUACCGAUGGUCAAGUGAAAUGCAUGAGAGAAAUGUGUGACAUACAGUGCGACUACCCUGCUCCUCACCAAACAGAAUGCUGCCAUGAAUGCACAGAUUGUCUCUAUGAAGGCAACAUUAUCAGGAAUCAUCUAUAUUUCUCUCCUAUGAAUCAACAAUGCACAACUUGUAUUUGCCAGGAUGGUAAUGUAAGAUGCAGUAAUGUAAGCUGUCCUGAGAUUGACUGUUCCAGACCUAUUCAGGGUGAAUGCUGUCUUACAUGUGAAGAUAAUUGUGAGUUCCAGGGUGCAGAAUACCAAGAUGGUGAAACCUUUACAGCAGCAUCCUUGGACUGCAGCGUCUGUACAUGCAAAAAAGGUGUUGUGGAAUGUCGUCCAUUUGACUGCCCGCCUCUGAACUGCUCUCGUAAUGAGAGGGUUCAGCUCCCUGGUGAAUGCUGUCCCAAGUGUAUCAGUGCAGUUCCUGGCUGUGUGGAUAAGUAUGGUUUACUACAUCAGUACGAGACGACGUGGAAUGACCCAAGAGAUACCUGCUUAACAUGCACAUGUUUGAAUACUGGUGAGGUACAGUGUGCUAGAGAGCAGUGCGAGUUUAACUGUAACAACCCAGUCCAUGUUAGAGGCCAGUGUUGUCCAGAUUGCAAUGGAUGUUACUACAAUGGUCUCGGUUUCUCCUAUGGAGCCACGUUCAAGUCUGCCUUUGAUAAGUGUGAUUCUUGUAUCUGUCUUGGCGGAGACGUCAUCUGUGAGCCAACCAGCUGCAACGUCCAGUGUAGCGCCCCCUAUCAUCCGCCAGGAGAAUGCUGCCCUCUAUGUGAAGAUUGUUAUUUCUUGGGUCAGAUCAUCCCCGAUAGUGAAUACUUCAACCCAGCCCUUGAUUCAUGCAAGACAUGUCAUUGUGAUAAAGGAUCAGUACAGUGCACGGAGAGGGAGCAAUGUCCGAUGCUCAACUGCCCAGUAACUACCACGGUGGCUGGAGAAUGCUGCCCAUCUUGUGCCGAUGCUUUCUGCCGUAGUGAUGAUGGAAGUGAACACAGGAGUGGGGAGUCUUGGAUUUCAUCAUCUGAUCCAUGUCAAGAAUGCACCUGUUUGGAUACCAUCAUCAACUGUGUGCCCAUACCAUGCCUUGAAACCUCUAACUGCACACAUGGCGUCCAGAUAGAGGGAGUGUGCUGUCCAGAUUGCACCGUCUGUGAGUUUGAAGGCAAUCUCUAUAGGAACGGGUCCAGCUUUAGCCCCAAUGAUGACAACUGCAGAAGAUGUGAUUGCUUCAAUGGAAACGUGGUGUGCGAGGAAGAUAGCUGCCCUCCCAUCUACUGCAGUCAGACCCUUCAAGCGUUUGGGCAAUGCUGCCCUCAGUGUGCCGUCUGCACCGCUCAAGAUGGCACCAUCUACAGCCACGGUCAGACAUGGCAGGACGGAGAGGACCCAUGUACAACAUGCAGAUGUAUCGACACGGAGAUAGAAUGCAACACGCCCAUCUGUCCCAUUGGUGACUGUGUAGACCUGCAGUUUGAGUAUGGAGAAUGUUGUGCCUCGUGUCAAGGAUGUACAUAUGACAACACAAACUACACCAAUGGCCAAACAUUCAGUCCCGCUACCCAUGACUGUAUGGAGUGCGUCUGUCAGGAUGACCGUCUUAAUUGCCAGCCCAUUACUUGCCCGCUACCCAACUGCCCAGCAGAGUCUGUCGUCUUCAGGGAUGGGGCGUGUUGCCCUGACUGUGUCGAUUACGAGGUUUCAAGAAUGACCUGUCAGAUCGAUGACGUGAUCUUACAGAGUGGGUCAUCGCAUCAGCCUGAUGAGUGCUCUACGUGCCUAUGUAUGGCUGGUGAGUUAUUAUGCGAAGCUCAGGAGUGCAUGGACAUUGGCUGCCCACAGAUCAGGCAGGUCCGACCACCCGGCUCCUGCUGCCCCGUCUGUAAGAUCGAUGCCUGUGUGUUUGAUGGGAGACUGGUGUUGGACAAUGAGGUCUUUAUUCCCAUGGGGGAUGUCUGCACCAACUGCACCUGCGCUGAUGGUUCUGUGAGGUGUCAAUCCUUCUCUUGUCCAGAACCAGACUGCCCUGUCGAUGAUCAGAUUCAAGGAGAGGGUGAAUGCUGUAAACACUGUGCUGGCGCUCUCCAACUAAAUAAGCUGCCAUGUACAUUCCAGGGUGAGGCCAUUCCAUCUGGGGGGAGUUUCAUGAUAGGAUGCCAGGAGUGCAUCUGUGAGGGAGGAAACCCUCGGUGUGCAAGACGCGAGUGCCCUGUCCUAAACUGUCUUGGGGGAGAUGAGGUACAGAUGGCACCUGAUGGAUGUUGUGAAGAGUGUGUGCCAAAGAUGGGAUCAUGCAUAGUCUUUGGAGAUCCUCACUACCGAACGUUUGAUAAGGUAUUCCAUGACUUCCAAGGAACUUGCACCUACACACUCAGUAAAGACUGCAGCACUAAUCAGUUUGAGAUCAUAGUACAGAACAAUGGGAAGGAAACAUAUGCUGUAUCCUGGACAGAGCUGGUAUCAUUCAAGGUUCAUAAUGUGACCAUCGAUCUCUUACCAGACUUUGCUGUGAGACUGAACAAAGAAGAAAUCACUCUGCCGUACCUCAAUGAACCUGAAUUCAGUAUACAAAAAUUAGGUCUCAUGGUAGUGGUUCAUACAAACAUUGGUAUAUCUCUUUCAUGGGAUGGAUCUCAUUUUGCUGAGGUCGUAGCUGAUGGGAUAUGGGAAGGACUUCUCUGUGGAUUGUGUGGUGAUUACAAUGGUAACCCUGAUGAUGAAUUCAGGGCUUCUAAUGGAACACUGUGUGGCACUGCAUCUGAGUUUGGAAACACAUACUUGGUAGGCGAUUACGCUGAAUGUUCAUGUCAAGAGAGCGUAGAACAGACCCCUUGCGUCAGAAACGAUAACGCUGACAUGGAAUUCAUGGCUAGGGAAAAAUGCAGCAUACUCAAGGAAGAACCGUUUGCUGCUGCACAUGAAUUAGUCCCGCCUCUGCCUUUCUUUGAGGCUUGUAUGUAUGAUCUGUGUGCGUGCCCUGCACAGGAGCGCUGUCUCUGUGAUGUAUUAACAGCCUAUUCUCAUGAAGCCAGAAAGAAAGGUAUCAUGAUAGACUGGCAAAGAGACAACUAUUGUGCAAUUUCUUGUCCAGAAGGAGCCGUUUACAAUGAGUGUACGCCAUCCUGCGUACAGACUUGCUCAACAGUGAACACAAUAGAAGAUUCUUUAGAAUGUAAUCAACUUGAGAAUUGCAUACCAGGAUGUAAAUGCCCGGCAGGAAUGGUACUACACGAUUUCAGAUGUAUAAUGCCUGAAGACUGCCCUCUAUAGUCUGAAGAUCUACAUUCAAAGACUGUUUUAAAAAAAAAUAAUGGGCCUUCUUCAGCAUUUGAUGUGGAGUUCUCCUAAUGCACAUCUCAGUGUUAGUCCAUGACCUUUUUACCUUGUGGAGUGGGGCAGAAAAACAAUGUAAUAAUUUAGAACACUCUUAAAGAAAUCAUGAAACUUUCACGAUCAGUAUUUGAUAUGGAGUCAUUCUUUCACUAAUUGCUUUGUUUGUGCACAACUUUCUUUCUCUUGGUCGAGAGAGGGAAGUAGAGGUAACUAGAAGUAAUAUUUUACUUGUCCAGUAAAA